AUGUCCUCUGAAGAAUUGUCACAAACAGUCCUGGACCUUCUUUCUGAAGGGGCCAAAGCUUAUUCUAAGAGGGACUUUGAAAAAGCGGUAGAAAUUUACGCAGAGGCUUGUGAGACUUAUAAUGGUGAAACCGACGGAGAUGAUAGUGCAGACUUAUUGUUUCUAUAUGGGAAAUCAUUGUUUCAUUUAGCAGUUUCUAAUUCAGAAGUAUUGGGAGGAAGUAAAAAGAGUGAUCCGGAGACUAAGAAAGCUGAGAAGCAUGAGAAAGAGGAAGAUUCGGAUGAAAAGAAGGAUAAAACAUUUCAGUUUGAUGAUGAUGUUAUAGCUGAAGAAGAAGAAGAAGAAGAAGAAGAAGAAGAAGACGAAGAAGAAGAAGAAGAAGAAGAAGAAGAAAAAGAAAAAGAAAAAGAAGAAGAAAAAGAAGAAGAAAAAGAAGAAGAAAAAGAUAAUGAUAACGAAGAACAAGAAGAAGAAGAGGAUGAUGAUGAUGACAGUGAUGCUAACGAUAAGAAAAAUGAAAAUGAAGAAGAGGAAACUGAUUUUGAAGCUGCUUGGAAUAUCUUAGACCUUGCAAGAUCUCUUUUUGAGAAGCAGUUGGAAGAAUUUUCAUCAAAAGACAAAUUAUCGACUGCGAAGAAGCUCGAGGAUCAAGAAGCUCCAACAGAUCCUUAUCUUAUAAUGAAAAAGAAACUCUCCGAAACCUAUGAUAUCCUUGGAGAAGUUUCGCUUGAGGCUGAAAAUUACUUACAGGCAUCGACAGAUUUUGACGCAUCUCUUGUGCUCAGGAAAGAGCUAUACCAUGAAUACUCGGCUUUGAUUAGCGAGUCGUACUACAAGCUUUCUCUAUCGUACGAAUUUCUUGUCGAUGUUCCAGGGUCCCGUGAAAAAGCUGUUGAAUGCAUGGAGUCCGCAAUUCGCGCAGUGAAAUCCAAUCCAACGCCGCAAGACACCGAAGUAACUGAGGAAGUUCUUUUAGAAAUGAAUUAUAGAUUAGAAGAUUUACGCAAAGAUCCCCUCAAGGAGGAGAAGGAGAAAAUAAUGAAAGGACUAUUGGGAGAAGUGAUAGCAGAGGCCGGUGUCAGCGGCAAGGAGCUUUUUUCAGGCUCUGCAUCAACGAGCAGUUUGACUUCAACCACCGGUGCUGCUGGAGACUCAAAGAAAGUGAAUGACUUGACUUCAGUGGUGAAGAAGCGUAAGGGUCCUAAAGUUAUGAAACCAUCUAAAAAGUUGAAAAAAUAG